AUGGAUCGUAACGGCAAGCAAAUAAAAAGUAGCGGUGAUUCGCAUUCCUCAACUGAUAGCAGCACAUUCACUGUGAAGACGGAACGAGUUAUUUUGCAAGAAGUCAAACGAGUCAACAUGGCUGGAGUUGGGAACUUGGAACCAUUUGAUUUAAAUCAGCCAAAUAAAUGGUCAACGUAUAUGGCGCGUUUCGGUUUGUUCCUUCUGGCCAAUGAUGUACAAGAGGAAGGUCGUCAAAAGGCAGCAUUCCUCACAUUGGCCGGAGCGCCACUCUACGACCUCUUGACAUCAUUGGCGUCACCAAAGCAGGUUAGUAAUCUAAAUCUUCCCGAUAUAAAAACGAUUCUAACCAACCAUUUUUCACCACGUCCAUCCGAAAUUGCGGCCUAUUAUCAUUUUCACAAACGUGAUCAAUAUACGGACGAGUCUGUCAGUAAUUACAUCGCAGCAUUGCGCACAUUGGCAGUGGACUGCAACUUCGGUACGGCGCUCGACCGCAUGCUUCGCGACCGUUUUGUUUGUGGCAUGAAGGACGAAGGACUGCAGAAAAGCUUACUGGCAGAAAAGGAUCUAACAGUGCAAAAGGUUAUCGAACGUGCACUUUCGAAUGAGGCAGCAGCCAUCAGUGCUAUGGCUAUGAGGCACCCCAGCGAACCAGUUAAUGUUGUCAACGACAAUCGUUUUCGUACACGAACAAAAAACGCCGUCAACAGAAACCAGCAGCUGUCAUGCAAUGGUUGUGGUGGAUCACACCCUCGUAAGCAGUGUCCAUAUCGUGAAUCACUUUGCAACGCAUGCGGAGUCAAGGGGCAUCUGCAGCGAGCCUGCCGCAGCGCGUCAAAUGUCAAUUCACACAGAGCGUCUUCAUCCAACUCAACAAAUGCUCGUUCAGGUUCAAUGCGGAAAAAAUCAUCUCGUCGAGAGAAUGUCAAUCAGAUCACGCCCUUGGUCAAUCAGAAGAAGUCGAUCUCAGUUACGAUUAAUGGCAGAACAUGUAUUUUUGAAGUGGAUUCUGGGUCGCCUGUGACCAUCAUGACGGAAUCUACGUUCAAUAGCGUCUGGUCCAACAGAAGGCCAAAUCUUUCCAAGUGUGAUGUGGAUCUUAGCGAUUACCAACGCAACCACAUCCCAGUCAAGGGGAUCAUCGAUGUGUCAAUUUAUUACAACCGCCGUAAAAUUGACAACUUGCCGCUAAUCAUCGCAAACAGUGGUGGCUCUAAUCUUGUUGGUUGUAACUGGUUCGAUGCACUGGGCAUGCGUAUAGAAGGAGUUUUUGCCGUCAACAGUGGUCUCAGCAUCAAAGCCAUUCUGAAGAAAUACGAUCAUUUAUUCUCAACAGAUCUUGGUCGCUACACAGGACCACCAGUGUCUUUACAAAUCGAUUCAGCGGUGCCGCCCGUGAGACUGCCUCCACGCCGUAUACCCUUCGCCAUUAAGGGGCCCGUGGAAGAAGAAAUCGAUCGCUUAUGUUGUCAAGGUAUUUUGGAGCCUGUGGACUACUCCGAUUGGGCAACGCCAAUAGUGCCCGUGGUAAAAAAGGAUGGUUCCAUCCGUAUAUGCGGUGACUACAAAUCGACGCUGAAUAAGGCAAUUAAGCCACACUGUCAUCAAAUUCCAGCCGUUAGCACGCUUUUGGCUUCGAUUGAAGGUGGAUCGAUUUAUGCAAAAAUUGAUUUGGCACAGGCAUACCAACAGCUCGUGGUUGAUGAGCGUUCGUCACUCCUGCAAACCGUGUCAACGCAUAAGGGCGCAUUCAAGGUAACCAGGCUGCAGUUUGGCAUCUCAUCAGCACCCGGUAUAUUCCAAAGCUGCAUCGAAAACGUUUUGCAAAACAUUCCUGGCGUUUUGCCGUACUUUGAUGACAUCGUGGUCAUGGGUAAAUCGGAAGAUGAGCUCGCAAAUAGACUGGAGCAAAUAUUUGUACGUUUCGACAAGGCCGGACUACGUUUGCGCAAGGACAAGUGCCAAUUCAGUGUGCCAUCUAUCGAAUUUUUGGGGUUUAAACUGGACAAUCUCGGUAUACGACCCUCACAUGACAAGAUCAAGGCCAUUCAUGAAGCACCAUCGCCAAAGGACAAGAAGCAACUCCAAGCGUUUCUGGGCUUACUCAACUUUUAUCACGCCUUUUUACCCAACAAAGCAACAAUCGCUGAGCCGCUUCACCGCUUGCUCGACAAAAGUGCUCGAUGGUCUUGGAAAGAGCAACACGAAACAGCUUUCAAUACGCUUAAAAGGCUGAUCGCAUCAGAGAAUGUGCUUAUCCAUUACAAUGAGAACUUGCCGUUAGUGCUCACUUGUGACGCAUCGCCGUACGGACUCGGAGCAGUUCUCAGCCACCGGUUAGCAGACGGGUCGGAGAAACCCAUUGCAUUCUACUCAAGGACGCUGUCGAAGGCAGAACGAAAUUACGCACAGAUAGAUAGGGAAGCAGUCGCCCUCGUCUCUGGAGUAAAAAAAUUCCACAACUACUUAUAUGGCAGAUUUUUUACGCUUGUCACCGAUCACCGUCCACUCUUGGGAAUUUUCACCACAUCAAAACCGGUCCCCAACGUAAUUUCGAACACAAUGCUUCGUCGAUCAAUUUUUCUCAGCGCGUACAACUUCAAUUUGGUACACCGCGCUGGUCUUAGAAUGGGCAAUGCAGACUUUUUGAGCCGUUGUCCAAUGCUGUCUGAAGCAGAGUCUACGACGACCGAAGACAUUCUCAUGGUAGAAAUAUCGGCAAAACCAGUUGUCAGCGCGCAGCUGAUUGCCUCUCAAACUUCUAAGGAUCCGGAGCUCUCCAAAGUUUUCAACUGGGUGUUAAGGGGGUGGCCCAGCAAAAUCAACCGCUCCGAUAAGCUGUACCAAUACUUUUGCCGUCGAACUGAACUCAGUGCAAAUAGAGGAUGUCUAGUUUGGGGAAACCGCGCUGUAAUUCCAUCUACUCUUCGAGGGUCUAUUUUGAAAACUCUUCAUGCACCACAUCCUGGCAUCGUCAAAAUGAAGGCCGUUGCUCGAAGUUAUGUUUGGUGGCCGAACAUCGAUGCGGAAAUCGAACUCGUUGUGAAGAGAUGCAGUUCAUGUCAGCAAAAUCGCAACGAUCAACCCCAAACAACAACGCACCACUGGGAAUCUGCAAAACGUCCAUGGUCCCGCCUGCAUGUGGAUUUCGCAGGUCCUUUUCGAGGCAAAUUAUUCUUCAUACUCAUCGACUCCUACUCUAAGUGGCUUGAAGUGGCCGUCGUUAAUUCAACUUCUUCAGCGGCCGCUAUUAAGGUGUUACGCCAAAUAUUCGCCACGCAUGGGCUACCUGAUGAGCUCGUGUCGGACAACGGAACAGCUUUCACAUCUGAGGAGUUUAAGAACUUUAUGAAGAACAAUCUAAUUCGACAUAUCCGUUCUGCGCCGUUUCAUCCUUCUACAAACGGGCAGGCGGAGCGAAUGGUUCAAAGUACCAAAAAUUAUUUGAAGAAAGCAGAGCCUGGCAUAAACAUCGAUCUCAGCCUGGCUAGAUAUUUGUUCAACCAACACACCACCCCGCACUCAACAACGAACCGCUCGCCUGCAGAGCUACUGUUCAAUCGUGAGCUGAAAACUUAUUUCGACAAAAUUCAACCUCACGAAAUAGUUUACGGUAAGGUCACCGACCCUGUCAGUACUAAACCUUUUAUUUCAGGCAGUCCAGUAUGGGUUCGUAAUCAUUCGACGGGCCCGAGAUGGAUCGAGGGUCUGGUGGAAAAUCAGACUGGGCCUAUAUCAUAUGAGGUUCGGUUGAACGACUCUAGGGUCAUCAAACGACAUCAGGACCAGCUUCGUAGUCGGGUGGCAUCAGAAGAUUCCGACUGCGAAAUACUGUCAACCGAAGACGUCGAAGCCAGCACAAUCCAAUCAUCUGAGGAAGUUGAUUCAAGUACUUCUGGUCACGUCGUGGAGACUCAAUCGCCAGGGCCAUCAACGAAUCUACAGCCUGUCGCCUCGUCAUCGCCAACACCGGAAGAACCGCGCAGAUCGAAGCGCGACCGACAGGCCCCACAAUUCUACUCCGCCUCUGGGUGUUAA